GAUCGUGGUGUGCGAUCAGGUGGAGGUGUCUUGAUUGCAGUAUCUGAAACGCUCACUUCAAGCUCAGUUUCCAUAGAAACACCACUUGAACUUGUUUGCGUGCGCGUUGUACUCGACAACAGAGAUGUUAUAUUUUGCACAUGCUAUCGCCCUCCUACUGCUUCGACAUCAUUUUGCGAUGACCUUCACGACGCAUUGAACAAAUUAGUUGUCAGAUACCCUAACGCUCCCCUUUUUCUUCUUGGUGACUUUAACUUUCCCGAUAUCAUUUGGCGUAACGACAUGGCAACGUCCCAGUCUUCUCAGAGUACCCAGUUCAUAAACACUUGUUUGGAUUUCCACUUCACCCAGCUUGUACUGAAACCAACGCGCGUGUCUGCCUCUUCAUCUAACAUACUAGAUCUGAUUCUCACUACGAACCCUGACACAGUUUCCCCAAUUAUUUACAUAAAAGGCUUAAGUGAUCACCUUGCACUCACUUUUCAUAUCAACGCACGGGCUCCUGUUAAGAAAACUACGAAGGUGAUCCGCGAUUACAGCAAAGCCGACUUGGCUUCCAUCACCGCUGAAAUGGAAAAUUUCGCAGCUUCUUACAUCGCUAAUUGCGAUCAGCGCUGUGUUGAAGAAAACUGGUGCAUUUUCAAAAAUAAAUUGUUGUCAUUAAUCGAACGUUUCGUACCGCAAAGAACAGUCGCUUGCAAGCCACGGUCCCCUUGGUUCAACCCCUUUUUGAAGCGACUACGUAACAAAAAAAAGCGGUUGUUUCGUCGCGCAAAAGUUUCAUGCAGUGACGUUGCUUGGUCCGCUUACUACCUCACUGAAAAUGACUACAACACAGCCUCCGCUAGUGCGAAACAGCAUUUUUAUUCUGUUACCCUUCCGUCCAUCUUACAAACUAAUCCUCGCAAAUUCUGGACCAUAGUUAACGGUACACCAAGCAAAAUAAUCCAAUUAACAUACCCAAAUGAUCAACCUGUUGCUCCUGAAGAAUGCUGUAAUGUAUUUAAUGAUGUUUUCUCUUCACAUGUUACCACAAUGCCACGUGGAUUACCGCUUGUAUCCAAUUCUGGUUUUUCGCCCAUGGAUCCAAUCUCUAUUGACUGGGUUGGUGUUAGCUGCCUAAUUAACAAUCACAAAACGUCCUCCUCUGCCGGCCCAGACUGCCUGAACUCAAAAAUUUUGAAGUGUACUAAUGUAUUUUCUGCUGUUAUUUUGUCGCACAUUUUCACUCAGUCAUUACAGCAGUCUGUUCUUCCACACGACUGGUGCGUGGGAAAGGUGAUUCCAGUUCAUAAAUCAGGACGAGCACGGACUGGAAUCGCCUUCCCGCCUCAAUCGCACUCAUCACCGACCCUACUAACUUCAAGACCGCCGUUCAAAAUGCCUUUUGUUAGUAUUUUUGUUAAUACUUUUUUGUUUGUAUUUUUUACUGCAUUACUUCUUGUUUUGACUCCACUCCUUUCUGUAACGCCUUCGGGCCUUGAAAGUACGUGAAAUAAAUAAAUAAAUAAAUAAAUAAAUAAGACAGGUCAAGAGGGCUG